CUAGUUCUCCCCAGCCCCGAGAUACUGGUCGCUCGCUAGCCCUCCCCCUCUCAUAUUGCCACUGGUUGUCGUGGCCUCUCCUUGCCUAGCCCCUCCGCCCCUUUCGAAUCCCAUCCCGCCUCGACUGGUCGAGGUGGUAUCUUAUCAGCCCCUCCCCUCUCCUCCCUCAACGUGCGCAAAUCACCUCCCACCAACACCUGCCCGCGGCGUGGAUGUCUUACGCUCUCAGGAUGGCUGCCCCAUCUGCAGCCCUGCACCAUGACAGUGGCACGGACACCGGCCCGAAGCUCGUCAACCGCCUGCGCGAGAGCAGAUCGCCCUACGUCCGCGCGCACAUGAACAACCCGGUGGCCUGGCAGCCCUGGGAUGCGGAAGCCAUCGACCUCGCCAGGCGCCAUAACCGCCUGGUCUUUUUGAGUGUCGGUUAUUCCGCCUGUCACUGGUGCCAUGUCAUGGAAAAGGAAUCUUUCAUGUCCCCGGAGGUGGCGUCGAUUUUGAACGAGUCCUUUAUCCCUAUCAAGGUCGACCGGGAGGAGAGACCCGACAUCGACGAUGUGUAUAUGAAUUACGUCCAGGCUACCACCGGCUCAGGGGGAUGGCCGCUGAACGUCUUCCUCACCCCGGAUCUUGAGCCUGUCUUUGGCGGUACCUAUUGGCCGGGCCCGAACUCACCCACGUUGACAGGCAAUGAGCCGAUCGGGUUCGUGGAAAUUCUCGAGAAGCUCAGAGAUGUUUGGCAGACUCAACAGCAGCGAUGCCGCGAGAGCGCGAAAGAAAUCACAAAGCAACUGAGAGAAUUCGCGGAGGAAGGAACUCACUCCAAUCAAGGUGACCGGCAGGCCGACGAGGACCUGGACAUUGAGCUUUUGGAGGAGGCCUACCAGCAUUUUGUUUCGCGAUAUGAUCCUGUCCACGGAGGGUUCUCCGGAUCACCUAAAUUCCCCACGCCCUCGAAUCUGAGCUUCCUGCUGCGCCUGGGAGUUUAUCCCAGUGCGGUUUCAGAUAUCGUUGGACUGGAUGAAUGCAGGAAUGCGACCGCCAUGGCUGUCAACACGCUCAUCAAUAUGGCGCGCGGAGGUAUUCGAGAUCACAUCGGCCAUGGGUUCGCUCGUUACAGCGUCACGGCUGACUGGGGUCUGCCCCACUUUGAAAAGAUGCUUUAUGACCAGGCACAGCUCCUUGAUGUCUAUGUGGAUGCGUUCAAGAUCACUCAUAACCCCGAGUUGCUGGGAGCUGUCUAUGAUCUUGCUACCUACCUGACGACGGCUCCGAUCCAGUCACCAACGGGAGCGUUCCACUCGUCCGAGGAUGCGGAUAGUCUUCCGACGCCGAACGACACUGAGAAGCGAGAGGGCGCCUUUUACAUCUGGACACUGAAGGAGAUGACGCAUGUGCUUGGUCACCCGGAUGCUGAAGUCUGUGCCCACCACUGGGGUGUUCUCCCUGACGGGAACAUUGCUCCCGAGAACGACCCCCAUGACGAGUUUAUGAACCAGAAUGUAUUGUCUGUCAAGAUAACCCCUAGCAAGCUCGCGAAGGAAUUUGGGCUCGCAGAAGAAGAAGUGGUGAGGAUCAUUAAGACAGCGAAGCAGAAACUUCGUGACUACCGGGAAAGAACGCGCGCGCGCCCCGAUUUGGACGACAAGAUCAUUGUGGCCUGGAAUGGACUGGCCAUUGGCGCGUUGGCCAAGUGCAGUGCGUUGUUUGAGGAAAUCGAGAGCUCGAAAGCGGCCCAGUGCAGAGAUGCGGCAGCAAAGGCCAUCGGCUUUAUCAAGGAUAAACUGUUUGAGAGGUCCACCGGACAACUCUGGCGCAUCUAUCGUGAUGGCGAUCGAGGCGAUACUCCUGGCUUUGCCGAUGACUAUGCGUACCUGAUCGGAGGACUGCUGGAUAUGUACGAGGCUACUUUUGAUGACAGCUAUCUGCAGUUCGCCGAACAGCUGCAAAAGUACCUCAACGAUCAUUUCCUGGCAUAUGUGGGAACAACACCAGCGGGCUACUACACCACGCCCUCUACAGUGACCCCAGGCACCCCGGGUCCUCUUCUUCGUCUGAAGACGGGCACGGAGUCGGCCACGCCGUCGGUCAACGGUGUCAUUGCCCGCAAUCUGCUGCGCCUCUCGAGCCUGCUGGAAGACGAAGGAUACCAGACGCUCGCCCGGCAGACAUGCCGCGCCUUUUCGGUGGAGAUCCUGCAACACCCGUUCCUCUUCGUCGGGCUUUUGGACGCGAUUGUCGGUCUGGAAACCGGCACGCGCAACAUCACCGGUGUUUUCUCCACGGCAGUGUUCCCUCAGGGCAGUGUCCAAGCUUCCGAGGGCGCAAUCAACAAGACGGAGGAGCAGCCGAUCAGCGUGCGAGACCUCAUUGUACAGAAAAUUCGAGCCGAAGCUGGUCUGGCGGUGUCUACCGCAACCACGACCGCCUCGCUGUUGGAUAUCAGACCCUCCCAUCUGGGGGAUUUUGUAGGGAACCAGUCCUUCUGGCUACGGACGCGGAACCAGUUGUACAAGGAGAUUAAGUCGGAACCGGCCAAGAACUAUCUCAUGGUUUGUGAGAGGGGCCGGUGCAGCUUAGUGGACAUAUAAUUUGUACCAAGUACCAAUGAAGAAACCGAUAUUUCCGUGUUUUGUCUAUGUUUGCAAACGAUUGGCAGUGAAUCUGAUGUCCAUAUUGACAUCGGUACUAUCAAUUUUAGUACAGCCGCUGAGAAUAGUAACAUUCAAU